AUGUUCAGUCAGACUUAAUAAUUCAUACAUGGCUAGUAAAGUUAUUAACAAGCAUAGCAGCCUGAAUAUCUUUCUUAUAGUGAUGCAUAAAAGCCAGCUCCAAUAUUAGAUGAGGAGGAUGAAUAGGAUGAUGACUUCGAUGAUUAUUUUACAAAAAAUGAAAAACUUGAGAUUGAACUUUUAACAGAAGCUGAAUAGAUACAGCUAGAAAAUAAAACAACUAGAUAUUUAGAACUCAUCAACCCAUUAGAAAAUAAAGCAUCAUAUUUGAGGGUAGUGAAAUGGAUGAAGCCCCUUCUGAAAAUGAUCGUUAAAAAAGAGUUUAGCUGA